AUGACUGCCUCUCAAGGUCGUGUUCUUCUGGCUUAUUCAGGUGGUCUUGAUACAUCUUGCAUCCUCGCUUGGUUGAUCGAGCAGGGAUAUGAGGUAUACGCGUUCAUGGCCGAUGUCGGGCAGGAAGAAAAUUUCGAGGCAGCACGUACGAAGGCUCUCGCGGUCGGAGCGAAGAAGUUCUUCCUGGAAGAUCUGAAGCGAGAGUUCGUGACCGAGCUGAUUUACCCUGCAGUACAAGCAAACUGUAUCUAUGAGAACGUGUAUCUACUUGGCACGUCCCUUGCCCGUCCAGUAAUCGCUCGUGGUAUGAUGGCGAUUGCGGACAAGGAGGGUUCCUUCUACAAUCGCUUUGCUGGACGGCAGGCUCUGCUAGCCUACGCGGCGGAAAAGCAGAUUCCUGUUCAACAGACUGCUGCGAAGCCAUGGUCUACUGACGAGAACCUCUUCCACAUUUCGUACGAAGCCGGCAUUUUGGAAGACCCUGAUACCACGCCACCUGAUGACAUGUGGAAACUGACUGCCGCACUAGAACAUGCGCCUAGCACACCCGAGCGCAUCUCCAUUGAAUUCGCGCGCGGACUCCCCGUCAAGGUAACAGUGCCAAAUGAGAACAAGACAUAUACCGACCCAGUUGAGGUGUUCCUUGCGCUGAACGCGCUUGCACGCAAGCACGGUAUCGGCCGGAUUGAUAUCGUCGAGAACCGCUUCAUCGGCGUGAAAUCUCGUGGAUGUUAUGAGUCGCCCGCGGCCACGAUCCUCCGCGUGGCGCACAUGGACAUCGAGGGGCUGACACUUGACCGUAAUGUUCGAGCGCUCCGAGACCAGUUUGUCACCGUCGAACUGGGUCGGAUCCUGUACAACGGUCACUGGUUCACACCCGAGCGCGAAUUUGUGACCAGCGCUAUUCCGGCCAGCCAACGUACUGUUAACGGUAUCGUGCGAUUGAAGUUGUAUAAGGGCAAUGUCGUUGGUCUUUAUGACGAGAAACAAUCCUCCAUGGAUGAACUGGGCGGGUUUGAGCCGACUGAUACCACUGGUUUCAUCCAGAUCGAGUCCAUCCGGAUUAAAAAAUGGGCACAAGCAAACAUCCGCAAGGGUCAAGCUGGGAUUGAGCCCAAAGAUGUAUAUGGUGUCCGAGUUUGA